UAGAAUCCAUUGUAGCUCUGCUUAAUUUUACGCUAUACAUGUAUUAUGAGGGAUUAUGAACACUAUCUAUGUGACCCUGUCCUUUGGAACAUUGUAAAAGGAGAAAAGUACCCGGAAUUCUGUUUGGUUUGAAGGCUCCUGUCACGCGGUAGUGAAUCGCUAAUAUUGCUAUUCUUAGAACCCCACCGCAAUUUACCUGACUAGUAGUAUAGUACAGUUCCCGACAUCUCGUCGAAUCAAAACAUUGUCACUGGUUGCCAGAUUCUGCCGCGCGGCCAUGAAGAUGGACUCAUAACUUCUUAUACUUUGUACGGAAAAAAGUGCCCACGUUUUUGUCGCAGGAAACUCUUCUGCCAUAGAGCAACACAAGUUGUUACACCCGUAUGUAAUGGACCACGAUUGCUGGCUAAAGCCAUUUGACGCCGACUCUGGAACCAGCAAUGUUUUCUUCACCAUUCCAACCUUUAUUUCCUGUUAUUUGUUUUAACCCUCACCUUGAAGUGAUCCGAGCACCCUACCCCAAGGACGUAUGCAUGAAACUAGACGAUGCUUGGCGAUACAUGAUAAGAAUGAUGUUUCACGCUGGCCCAUCCUGUCUUGUCGAGACUUAUGAACACCACUGCAUUCAAGGCACUGGAGGGUACUCGCCAGGUCAUGGAGGGUCCCGGGAUUCCUCUAAUUAAAACGGAUUCCAAUUACACUCGUUACGUUAGUACUGAAAACUUGAUAUCAGAAUCCCCGAGUAUGGAAUCCAAUGCAAAGCAAGCAGACGGCAAGUCAAAUCUUGGUUUCCGGUUGUACAGUAGGAAACAACUGAUCGAACGCCGAACCCGAGUCGUAGAUGCUUCGUUUGUUCUAAGCAUCAUUGGAAUUCUUGCAAAUGUGAUAGACACCGAACUCCGAUAUGGUGGAAUAUACACUACAACGGAAUCUGUGAUUCUUCGUAUAAUCACUUCCAUCACCAGCGUGUUAUUGGUAGCCUCGGUCAUUGUAUACAACUUGAUUGGGGUUAAGUUACAACUAAUUACUGCAGGGUUGGAAAACUGGCGAUUAGUCAUAAAUUAUUCCAUAAUUAUUAAAGUUUUGACGGAAGUCGUCAUAUGUUCAAUCCAUCCUUUGCCUUAUGGUGAAAUCCGGGUUCCUGUGGUAGUCGUAACGGAAGGUGCGGAUGGUGGUGCCGUGUUCCAGGAUAGACGCAUUCCUAUAAAUUCCAUUUUAACUGUUCUCAUGUUUCUGCGUCUUUAUAUACUUUGUAGGUACUUGGUGGUACACAGUGAUUUAUUUCGCGAUACCACUGUACAAAGUUUAGGUACGCUUAGUAAAGUAAAAAUCAAUGCUCAGUUUGUUUUUAAGGCCCUUAUGACCACGCAUCCGGGCUCUUGUUUAAUGGCCAUCUUACUAUGUACUCUUCUGAUCAGUAGUUGGUCAAUUAGAGUGUGUGAGUAUCACACAGUGGACAGAGACCAUGGGAACUAUUUGCAAGCUCUAUGGCUGACCGCAGUAACGUUCCUCACUCUUGGCUAUGGAGAUGUAGUUCCAAACAGUAUAUGCGGCAGGAUAAUAGCUAUAGUCACGGGACUUAUGGGUGUUGGCAUCAUGGCGUUAUGUGUCGCAGUUUUGGCGCGAAAAUUGGAACAAAGUCGAUCAGAGAAAUAUGUGCACACAUUUGUGCAACAAAUAAAACUGGACAAACUGCACCGCCAUGCCGCAGCUGAUGUUGUGAAACGUGCGAUGAUGGUUUGGAAACUGCGACGGACAGGGUUGUCUUUCCAUAGUCCGCGGAUCUUGAAACACCGCCGAAAACUUCUGGACGCCAUUCGGCGAAUGAAGAAAUCUCAAUUUGAUAAGUCUCAAAUGCGAGAUAGUGUGAUAGGAGUGGUUGAAAUUUCGAAAAAUAUAACUGAAAUAACAGACAAUACCUCAGACAUUAAGACAGAGCAAGAAAACAUUCAACACAGACUUGAUACACUGGAAAAACUCAUCACUAACAUGCAUAGUCAACUGUAUGAGUUGCGUGAGUAUCUUCGACAGAAAGAUGCUGGAGUUCGUAGCGAUCUGUCAUUAAAACCUGCUUAAAUAUCACUUGAAUCUCCAAAAAUAUAACACUUGUUUUUGUUUAUGUGCAUUUAAAAAAUAAUGACAUCGUUAACAUUUUCAGUAAUGUCAAGAAUGUGUUGUUCUUGUAAGUUUAUAACGUUAUAUGCAAAGAUAUAAUUAUGCAAAUUGUUACGUCCGUUGACGCUUGUUGAACACUUGAAUUUUACUUAUGUUUUGUUAUACACUUCUGUUACCUGCUCAU